UUGAAGUUACGUGGUAAAACAUUUAGUUAUGUUAUUAGGUGAAACAUUUCUAUUUUCUUUAACAUUGAUCGAUUGUGGUGGUAUAUUAUUUCUGUUAGUUUACUAUAUAAUAACAUUAUCUGACCUGGAGUGCGACUACUUGAACGCCCAAGAAUGUUGCGAUAAGCUAAAUUACUGGUUGCUGCCCAAGUACACGGCUCAUUCGAUCAUUACGAUUUUGCUAUUAUUACACGGUCAGUUGAUCCUGUUCCUUUUGAAUUUGCCUAUGUUUAUAUGGCUGACGUUCGAAUAUUUUACUGUUCCUCGUGGGAAUCUGGGCGCGUAUGAUCCUGCUGAGAUCCAUAACCGAGGGCAACUAAGAAAACACUUGAGAGAUGUAAUGAUCUAUGUUGGUUACUAUUUAGUAUUCUUUUUCAUAUAUCUUUAUUGCUUUAUACUAGCUUUGCUCAAAGGGGAUCCCCUCCAGAGGUCGGCCGAUGACCAAAUUGUAACUGAAAUCUAAGUUAAAAGUAACAUCAUAAC